UAUUGUACAUUGCGCUUUAGACCUUAAAUACGUAGAGUAGUAGUAUUUCAAAGUUUGCUUCGUUGAAAAAUAAAAUGGAAAUUCCUUCGCUGAAACUUAUGGUUGCGGGAGCAAUUGGAAUCUGUUUGGCGCUGCAGGGAUCUUGCUCAACAUGUUCCUUAAUUUUUGGUGCCUUAGUUUCCACCUUCGUGUUUUUCGCUCUGGAUUUCGUAACCACCAAAGAUGCCACUGCUCCACUUUCGAUAACCUUAAAGAAGUACUUUCGCUAUCGCAAGACGUAUUUCUACGGGAUGUACCUGUCCUGGAAUCUGGAUAAGGACGUUAAAGAUAUCCGCAAAACGCAAGAAAAAGAGCUGCUGGAGAUCCUGGAGUACAACGCCGAUACGGAAUACUAUCGUAACAACAGUAUCCAUAAAGUGCGGACCCGGGAUGAUCUCGUGCGGCGUCUGCCGUUGAUUAAGUACGCGGCGAUUGAGAAGUAUAUUGAACGUAUGAUGGCUGGAGAGCAGAAAGUUCUGACGUCCGAUAAGCCGAUGCAUUUUGCUGAGACCUCCGGGACGACCGGAAAACCCAGUCGGCUGCCGUUUCUACCGAAGCUCUGGAAGGUGUUUGGGCAAUACAUGGCGGUUGCGCUGUACUAUGUGGAUAAAGAGGUCCCGCAAUGGAAAGGACUGGAACGGAUGAUGCGACUGUAUUAUACACCGCUGAGCAGUCUAGCCAUAACGCCCAGCGGAGCCACGGUCGGCCCGGGAACCGCUAUGAAAGAGUUCUUCGGGGCGGAAAACCUGUACACGACCCCGGCGGUGGGCUACGAGAUCGCCAACGAGCAGACCACGCGCUACAUCCAUCUGCUGUUCGGACUGCGGAAUCGCAACAUUAAACGCAUCGACACCACUUUCGUCUCGCUGAUCUACUUUGCCUUCGCCGACAUGGAGCAGCAAUGGGAACAACUGGUGAAUGACAUUCGUCGAGGAACCCUGAAAAAGGAUUUACCAGGAUUAUCGGAUAGUCAGCGCCGAGAGCUGGAGUCACAACUCUCGCCAGAUCCGGCACGAGCCGAUGAGCUGGAAUGCGAGUUUAAGAAAGGUUUCGAUAAGACGCUUGCGAAACGCAUUUGGCCCAAACUGGAGCUGUUGGGCUGUAUCAGUGCUGGGCCGUUUCUGCACUUCACCGAGACACUGCAACAGCAGUAUGCGGCAGAUAUAAAGCCAUUUAAUCCAUGGUUCAUUGGAAGCGAAGGAUUUUACGGAUUGAACUUGUGGCCGAAUCGUCUGCCGGCUGUGUAUUUGAUAUGGCCCUACAAUAUCUUCUAUGAAUUUAUUCCUUUCGAGAAUGUUGAGGAAGAGCAGCCAAAGACAGUUUUUAUGGACCAAGUGAAAGCCGGAGAAGAGUACGAACUGGUUCUGACCACACAUGCCGGGUUGUAUCGGUACCGAUUGGGCGAUAUUAUUCGCGUUGUGGACUUUUACGGACAAUGUCCAAUUGUGGAAUUUCUGUACCGCACAGGACAACUGCUCAACCUUAAAGGCGAGAAAACCACAGAAGCAGCGGUACUGGAAAGCAUUCGCAAAACCCUGACAAACAUGCCGCAAUUAGGAGAGCUCGUUAAUUUCGCCUGCUGCGAAAGUCCGGCCCUAGAUACGAUCGGCAUUAAAAUCCCGAGUGACCAAUGCGAGGCACCGUUCUACGUUGUGUUACUGGAAACCGAAUCGGAAAUUCAGCAAUCGAAAAUCGCUGAGCUGGAAAAAGAACUAACAAAAAAGCUGGAUGAAGCGAUGGUGGAAACAGCGGGUCGCUAUGGAUUCCAGCGGAAAAAAGGCGGAUUGGACCGGCUGAAAGCGUACCUACUGCAGCCGGGCGCUUUCGACCGACUGCGCAGUUACAUGCUGGACACUUCCAACACCUCCAUCAACCAGCUCAAAUUACCGAAACUCGUCAAGAAACCGGAAUUAAUCAAGUUUAUACUUACGCAACGCAUCAACAAGCACUGAUUAAGCAACGAAAAAAUUACAACAACUCUGGAGUGUUUUAACAGGCGUAAAAAAUUAUGACAAGUAAAAGCAGAAUAAAAAAAACAUUAGCAGACAAGCAAAUUGUGAGAUGAAAAUCAUGAAGUUAACGUAAUUUCAACGACAUGAACCGCAAAAACACUACAGGAAUGUACUGCAUCUCAGGC